CAAGUAGGCGUUUGUAUACGGCCAGUGUUCCUGAAUUGACGCUGGUUUAAAUUUCGAACAUGCUUGUGAAAGGCCAGUUUGUCCCGGUAGCCCGCGCUUUUCGUACGACAAAGUGAAAAUGACGACUCAACUGGACGAAGAACAAAUUACAAUGCUGCGUCGGGCCUUCAGCAUGUUCGACUCGAGCAAACAGGGCAAGAUUGAGAAGGAGAAGAUCAGGACGAUCCUCAACACGGUGGUCCACAACUAUGACGACAAUGCACUAGAUCAGAUACUGGAGGAUGAAGAUGUUGAUGGCUCCGGAAAAUUGAACUUCGACUCGUUCGUGCGCGUCGCGACGCACUUCCUCGACGAGGACGACGAGGCGCUGCAGAAGGAGCUCAAGGAGGCCUUCAGACUGUACGACAAAGAGGGUAACGGCUACAUCCCCACAUCAAGUCUGCGUGAGAUUCUUGCGGCUCUGGAUGACCAGCUAACACCUGACCAACUCAACGAGAUGAUCGCUGAGAUCGACACUGAUGCUUCCGGCACUGUUGAUUUCGAUGAAUUCAUGGAAAUGAUGACUGGCGACUAAGAACUCUUACGAAGAUUAAAAUAAGUGGGAUUAAAGAAAAUACUAUUUAGUAAAAUAAAA